AUGGUACGAUCGGAUGAAGUGAGGGGCCUCGGCGAGGCGCUCGCGGGCGCCGACACGGAGGAGCAGGCGGCGUGCCGGGAGCGAAUCGUCCGCUACGUAGACAGCGUCUUCUCCGAGGAGCUAGACGCAGAAGGCUACUGCGCCGUGCAGGCGGAGAGGUCGGCGACGGCGGACAUAUCGUCGCGGCUCGACGACGUCGCGCGCUUCACAGACGCCUUCAACGAGGAGGCCAACUUCUGCGCGGGCGCGACGCAGGUCCACACGCACAGCGCGACCUGCGCGCCGUGGAGGCUGGUGGAGAGGACGGCGCUGACGACGGACGGGGUGCUCGAGGUCCGGCGCACGCAUAACAUGGUCAACCGGUGGAACAGGGCGAUGGCGGUCGGGCUGCGGCACAACCACGAUAUCUCGUUCAUCGCGACGCAGCGUAAGACUAUGGCCCUGAUCUACUACAUCACCAACUACGCGACCAAGGUCGAGGACCCGGCGUGGAAGCGGGUGGCCGCGGCGGCCGAGUUCCUCCCGACGCUAGAGGGGGAGCUAAUAGAAGAGAACAGCGGCAGGAGGAAUAAGACGAGGACGUUCCUACUCAAGGUAGCGAACCGGGUCUUCACAGAGCGGCCACUCUCGCAGGUUGAGGUAAUAGCCCACCUCCUAGGGUAUCCGGCGGAGUUCAGCAGCGGCUCGGCGUGGGCGUACGUCAAUGCGAACCAGCUCUACUGGGCCGUCUUCCGCCGGUGGAGGCAUCUCCAACGGGCAAGCGGCGCGGAGGCGACAGGCGACGCGCCGGACGAGACGGUCGUCGUGGAGGAGGCCGGGCCGAGAAUUCCCCUCGUCGAGGCCUACCGUCACAGGGGGGAGCUCCUACAACGGCUUUGCCUCUACGACUAUACGUCACUUAUAAGGCUGAGGCGGGCCGGCGGCAGCGCCGACAGCAGGGCGGGCUGGGGCGAGAUACCCCUCGCAGAGGGCUGCGCGGCAGGGAAGGGCUGGGUGCAGGUGCUUAGGCGACCGGGCAAGGCGGCGACGGUGCGGCUAGACGGGUACCUAAGCAAGGAGUUCAGUAAGGAAGACGAGGAGUCAUGCCACCGAAGGGCGGCGGUGCAGCACCUUGCCCUAUUUAUACCAUGGGAGUCAUUUGUCAGCAUAGGAGCCGGCGACAUCAACGAUAUCUGGGCACAGGCGCGAUCGUCGCUCUCCCCGAGGGUCGCGCGGCUCGUAGACAACGUACAGCUCCUCCGGCGGUCAGCGGAGGACGCGAAGCGCGACGCCAAGCAGUGGGCCGCGACAGCCGAGGAAGACAGGUCGACAGCGCCACAGGCCGAAGACGAAGCCGCCGCGGGGCAGGUGACGGCGCAGUCGACAGAGCUGCUAGGGAUGACGCAGCAGCUCUGCCGGUUCCAGCAGCCCGGGCUCGAGUCAGCCGCCGAGCUCGCGGCGACGGUGGUAGCGGAGGAUGGGCCCGUGAGGCGAGUCAACCUACCGGGCUCGGCGCUCUCGGGGGCGGCGCUGCCGCGGCAGGAGGAGGGCAUCCAGGGCUCACAAGGCGGCGGGGCGGCGGCAGGCGUCGGGGCGGACCGCGGCGCGGCCCUCCGCGGGGUCAUGGGGGGAUUCGGCGAGGACGACAUGGACGUGACGGCGGCCGACGGCGACCCAGACGUAGGCACGGCGGCGGGGAUGCGCGUGCGGCUCGGCCCGUCGAGCUCGUUCCUCGCCGCCGGCCGGGAGCUGGCCAAGGAACUGACGCUGAACGAGAAGCAGUCAAUUGCCCUCCUCAUCGUAUGCCGGCAGCUCGACCAGAUCCGGCAGGCCAACGAGGCAGGCGGCGACGGAGAAGGCCAGCUCUGCCUAUUCGUCGGCGGCGAGGGCGGCACCGGCAAGUCGCGCGUCAUAGAGGCGCUCGUCGAGCUGCUCGCCCGGAGGGAGCUCUCGAGCCGGAUGCUCGUGACGGCGACGUCGGGCACGGCUGCGGCGCGGAUCAACGGCAUCACCCUCCACUCGGCCUGCGGCCUCACGGUCGGCCAGGCGGGAGGGGCGACAAGGAGCUGGACGGUGCGGCUGCCGGGCGCGGGCGAGCGCUUCGUCGACGGCCGGUCGCGCAUGGACUGGCGGGAGAAGGAGGUACUCGUAAUCGACGAGGUCAGCAUGCUCGGGGCGCGGACGCUGCACGCGGCCAACGAGCAGCUCCGCCGGCUGCGGGGGUCGGCGCGAGACUUCGGCGGGAUCCCGGUAGUGAUCCUCUGCGGCGACUUCCACCAGUUCCGGCCGGUGCAGGAGCGGUCGAUCCUGCUGCCGAGCGCGGCGGUGUCGUGGGACGAGGACAGGGCGUUCGCGGCCGAGCAGCGGCGGCAGCACGACGAGGCGCACGCGCUGUGGCGGCGCUUCACAACGGUCGUCAUGCUCGACGAGCAGAUGCGGGCCGCCGGCGACCCAGAGCUGCGGCGGCUGCUCGGGCGGAUCCGCCGCGGCGAGCAGGACCGGUCGGACCUCGAGCUGCUCAACUCGAGGUGCCACCGGCCCGGCAGGCGGAUCGCGUGGGAGACGGGCGUGACGGUGGUCACGCCUCUCAACCGCAACCGCUGGAACCUCAACCUCGAGGCGGCGCUCGCGUUCCGGGCGCUGCGGCGGACGGCGGCGCGCGUCUUCCUCCGAGCACAAGUGGAAGGACGCGCGACGCCGGUGCCGGCCGUCUUCGUCUUCGUGCCCGGCAUGCCGGUCGUCGUGAACCAGAACACGCACCAGGGGCUGAAGGUGGUGAACGGGGCCGGCUACACGGCGGUGGCCGUGAUCCCCGACCGGGCCUUCCCCGGCCACCGGGUGUCGGCGGAGCUGACGCUGCACUUCGGGCCGCCGGCGGGCAUCGUGCUGGCGUCGGAGACGACCCGGGACCUCCACUUCCGCAACGACGUGAGCCGGCGGGGCCUGCCGUGCGCGGCGGCCUUCGCCUGCACCGACUACAAGGUGCAGGGCGGGACGAUCGAGCGCGUCGCGCUCGAGCUGCGGGGGGCGAGGACGACGACGGUCGAGGGCAGGGCGGUGGCGUCGCCGUGCGACCCGUACAGCCUCUACGUGCAGCUCUCGCGGUGCCCGACGCUCGACGGCAUCACGCUCGUGUCGGAGGUGCGGGAGCGGGACUUCAUAGGGAACCGGGUGCCGAAGGAGAUGACAGCGGCGCAGGCACGGCUGGAGGAGCUAAGCGGGCUGACGACGCGAGAGGCGGCCGGCCUACUCCGCGGGUGA